CUGCGGGAGGGGGGACGGAACUCAGGGGAGUGGGCUCCGAGCCCUGCCUUGCAGAAGGGAAGGGGUCUUGGGAAAGGAGGCCGUAGGAGUCCGCACCCACGGGGGUGGGGGGCUCCUCUUGCACGUCUUGCCCGCGGUUCCGAGCGAGCGGCCGGUUUCUGAACUCUUCCCUUCACUCCCUUGGCCGGCCCCAGCGGAGCACUGCUGGGUCACGACAAGGCUCCCGCAUCAGCCCGCAGGCCCCCGACGCGUCUCCGACGGCCUGUCGGAAGGAGCGGCUGCAACUUCUGUAGCAUCUCUGCCCCACCCCGGGCCUUUCCACGUUUCCGCUCUGAUCGCUGCCUGCUGGACACCCCGUUUUCCUGCGUUCAGUCGCACCGUGUAUAAACACAGGCCUGUGGCAUGCUCUUGCGGUAAAAGUGCCCACCCCUGUUCUUGAGCCUUCCUGCCGGAGUAACCGUAGUUCCAAAUAACUGUCUCCUGUUUACUGCACGCCGGGGGCUCCUUUGAGCUCUUUGCGCGUGUUAACUCAAGUCACAGUCUGUUGAGCGUCCUUAACUUGGAAUGCUUGGGGCCACAGGUGUUUCAGGUUUUGAGAUAUUUUCGUACAUUUACCAGAUGAGCAUCCCUAAUCUGGAAAUGCAAAAGCCGACGUAAAGCUGGAAAAGGUUUGGGUUUUGUUUGAGAUUUUUUUCCAGUAGGGGUGGUCAACCUGUAAUUGGUUUUCCAUUUAACUACCAAGGGAACUAAGUCGGUUUCCUUGGGAAGGUCGGUAUAAUGACUUGACCAAAUUAACGGAGCUUGGAUUAAAACCCAGGUAGUUUUAACUUGGCUCAGAGCUGCUGGUUCUGUAGAGGCAAUGAGACAUUUUUUAGAGUUUUAAUGUUUUCCUUACUGCACUAAGCCUAGAUGAACUCUUGGAUUUGAGGAUUUCCACUUCAGCAUUCUGUUAUCCCAAAGAAUGCAGAUAAAUGCUUCCUGUGGUAGAAUCUUCAGAUGUUUCAGACUGGGGGUCAGCCAUUGCCGGUGGAAUAGGCAAUGUGGAAGGCGGUGAUAGGAUCAGGAUAUGUUCCAAAGAUAAAUGAGUGGCUAAAGAAGAGGGAGCAGUGUAGUAGUGGGUCACUUGUCAGGUGAAGUUAGCAGGAAAAGCUCUCGAAGAUGAAUUUUUUUCAGUUUAUUAGCUACCACCUCGUUUGUGGACAAGAAAAAAGUUUACGUUCAGAUUUUAGAGGGGAUAAAAGCAUUCAGAUGGCAGAUAACAGUUUUUCAGAUGGGGUUCCUGCAGAUUCUGUGGAAGCUGCUAAAAAUGCAACUAACACAGAAAAGCUCACAGAUCAGGUGAUGCAGAAUCCACAAGUUCUGGCAGCUUUACAGGAAAGACUUGACAAUGUCUCUCACACUCCUUCCAGCUACAUUGAAACCUUACCUAAAGCAGUCAAAAGGAGAAUUAAUGCCUUAAAGCAGCUUCAGGUGAGAUGUGCGCACAUCGAGGCCAAGUUCUAUGAAGAGGUCCAUGACCUGGAGAGGAAGUACGCCGCUCUGUACCAGCCUCUGUUUGACAAGAGAAGAGAAUUCAUCACUGGUGAUGUGGAGCCUACAGAUGCAGAGUCAGAGUGGCACAGUGAAAAUGAAGAGGAGGACAAGUUGGCCGGAGACAUGAAAAAUAAAGUAGUCAUAGCCGAGAAAGAAGAAGCAGCAGCGGAAGAGCCAAAUCCCAAAGGAAUCCCAGAAUUCUGGUUCACCAUCUUCAGAAAUGUGGACAUGCUCAGUGAGCUAGUGCAGGAAUAUGAUGAACCAAUCUUGAAACACCUUCAGGAUAUUAAAGUGAAAUUUUCAGACCCUGGACAGCCCAUGUCUUUUGUGUUAGAGUUCCACUUCGAACCCAAUGACUAUUUCACCAAUCCUAUCCUGACAAAAACAUACAAGAUGAAGUCAGAGCCAGACAAGGCUGACCCCUUCUCCUUUGAAGGUCCUGAAAUUGUGGACUGUGAUGGGUGCGCUAUUGACUGGAAGAAAGGGAAGAAUGUGACGGUGAAAACCAUCAGGAAGAAGCAGAAGCAUAAGGGCCGGGGCACGGUCAGAACCAUCAGCAAGCAGGUGCCCACCGAGUCCUUCUUCAACUUCUUCAGCCCACUGAGAGCCUCUGGGGAUGGAGAAUCACUGGAUGAAGAUUCUGAAUUCACCUUAGCCUCCGAUUUUGAAAUUGGACACUUCUUCCGUGAGCGGAUAGUGCCGCGGGCUGUGCUCUACUUCACUGGGGAGGCCAUAGAGGAUGACGACAAUUUUGAAGAAGGCGAGGAAGGCGAAGAAGAGGAAUUGGAAGGUGACGAGGAAGGAGAAGAUGAGGAUGAUGCUGAAAUUAACCCCAAGAAAGAAGCCAGCCAGCCAGCGGAGUGCAAACAGCAGUGAGAAGCAGCAGCCCUGCGGUGUUGCCUUCUGGACGGCUGUCAGGGCCCCAGGCCUGCAGGCAGUGGCCUUGGUCUCUGCCUCGGCACAGUCGUGUUGACAGUGCUGACAUCUAACCGUUUUCAAGUGCAUGACUUCAUUUCCACCUUUCCUUUCUCCUUGUUUUGCUUAACUUGUACAGUGCAACUGAACUGCGUUUCAGAAAUAGGAGGUUUAGUUCUAGAACCUCUGCAGCCUUGGUACCUGCAGCCCUGGACUUUCCCAGCCUGUUCUUAGAGGGCCCCAAAGACCGUGUAGAGUAGGGUGAGGUCAGGCCUAGAAAGGGCAGUGCCUGGUGGCACAGUUUCAGGCAUCCCAGCCUCCUGCCACCUCCAAUUUGAAGAAACCCCACCCUACAGUUUCCAGCCACUGAACCUGCCAUGGGCAAAGUCGCUUCAGCCGUUGUCUGUUAAUCAUCUCAGAAGAGCUAGUAGAGUAAGGCCGUGUACUCCUUAAGAGUGCUCUUCCUUGCAUUUGGUUUUCCAGGGGUGGUGUGUUGUGGCACUCCUCUGUGGAGAGAGCAGUCAUAUUUAUUUAUUCACUCACACAGUGGACUCUGAACUUAACCCUUACCCUCACCAUUUAUGAGACCACACUGAUGACAGAAUCAGAAAGAUGUGCCGUCUCCUAGUAGAGCGAAGCUUGUAGAAGAAAGGGUGCUGCUGAGGGUGUGAGCUUGCUCUUUGACACGUGGACCACGCAUCGCCAGGAGGGUGGGGGCUGGAGCAGAGGGCCGGGAUUCCUCCCUCUGGCUGUAGAAUACACCUUUUCAGUUGGCUGUGUGAGCGUCAAGUCUUGUUUUCUCAGUAAUCCUCUUUCUGGAUCCUCCUCUCAUCCUGUCUUAAUAAGCCCUAGGUAGGUUUGGUGUGACCUGUUGGCGGCUGGCGUGUGGGUUUCUUAGCAUGUGUGGUGGUAGUCUUUGGCAACUGGGGACAGCCGUGUCCACACUGUCACCAGGCAUGUAGAGUGCUCAGCCUUACCUGAUAACACAUUUGUAACUGAACAUGGUGUUUUCAAUUUGUACAGAAUAGUUAGAAUAUUCUAUUAAAGUUGUGAAACAUGAAGCCAGCACAGUGUGGGGUCUUUUCUUUGGAAUCAGCCUCUGACCCCUGUCCUAUAACUCACAUGUUGCAUGUGACUACACACCCUACUGGGUUUUAAGCCCUGGGUGUGGAUUGAUCCAUGACUCUAGUCUUCUGGCUUGCUAUUUUUUGAGGCUUUGCCCAUUUGUAGAAGUGGCUGCAUCUAGAAUGCCCACAUAUCCACAGUCUCCUGCCCUGUACAGGCCUGGUCCAGUGACGAGUGGGCCUUUGAGAAAUGGUGCCAUGAGUGUGGAAGUGUGUCUUAUAGGUUAGAAUGCAGAAGGGGAGCUUCCCUAUGAAGCCCAUGUGCUGUGGGUUGUCUCUGCCCUACCCAGAAAGGCCUGCUAUAUAGGCUCUUGCUCAGUUACCUGACCGUGGGAAUCCCUGCUUUGGCAGUGCCCAACCAGGGUGAGACGGGUCCAAGAGAAGGCGGCUGAGCAUCUGGCUCUUCCUCAUGUGGCCACCAGCCUGGCCCCUUAGAGCUGGCCCUGGCCUUGCUGCAUGGUUACCUUCUCCCUGAGUGGCAAGAAGAGAGAGGGCUCUGGUAGCUGCAAGAAAGCUGUGCGUGGGCUUAGAUGUGGACAUGCCUUUGGCAUGCCCCCAAGGGUGACAGAGCCAGUAUGUCCACAGUACCUCUUCCUCACCCCCAUUCUCUGAUGGGACUGGAUGGACCUCACCUGGCACAGCUCCCAGAGAAAAGUCCUGCCUGCUGCCCCUCACUGCCAGCCCAGCAUGACUGACGCAGGGUGAAGUCACUGAACAUGAAGGUGGGUCCACAGAAGCUUCCCAAAACUCUAAAUGUCUCUCUCCCGAUUGACCAAGAUAGACACGUUUACAGCAGUGACUGCACAAAAUGACACGCUUGUGUCAUUCUCAGAUGAAUGGGAAGCCUGAUGGGCCACCCGGCCUUGCUCCAGAGCCUUACUCCUUUUGGCCACCUCUGGCUCCUGGCCCUUGUCACCACGGGUCACGGGCCUGCACUCGCCUGUCUGCCUUGCAAGGAAAUGCAUCGGUCCACUGCAGGAGCGACGCAAUGAAGCUGCUCUUCGUGUGAUAGAUUGGUGGCAGCCAGCAGUGUGUGCCAUGAGAGGCUGAGAUGACAUGGCAUGAGCUGUGUCCACGCCUGAGUGUGUGAGAUGAGUAUACCUGGUGGGCGUCUAAUAGAUUGAAAGGGCAGAGAAGCAGGCUAGGGCCCCCUAGUCAGGCCCUGCAUGCUGGAUCAGUUGUGUGGGUGUCCAGGUGCUGUGGAUGUCCUCAGUUGAGUCGUGAGGAGGCAUGAGAUAGCUGGGAGUCAGAUGGGGCAGGGGGAGGGGGCAUCCAGCCUUCUGGACAGCCAUGGAGGGGUGGGAGUGUUAAAUAGUGAUCUAGAUCAGCCAUCAUUUCCUUCUGAAAGAGAAGUAUGCAGGGACCCCACACUUGGGGCAUCUUCUGUGAGACUUAGGCGGGAUAAUGGGGUUUCAGUGUGCCCAGAGGUCCCAGGCUCUAAUGCAUGGGAAGGCUUUCACUCUUCUUGAAUCCUGCAAAGCCAUGUGGCCUGAGGCUCAGACUCCCCUGUUGUUCCUGCCAUCUAUACCCUGCCUGCCCACAGGAGCAAGAAUGCUGCUCCCCAGUGGCCCAGGAACCAUCCCUGGCUCUGGCUUCUGUUCUGCGUGCUCAGAGACCUUGGUGAAAUUGUCAACACCAAGAACCCACCCAGUGAGUGUUGGAGACAAGGAGCAGCUGCCUGGUUUGCCCAGAGUCACCACCCAGGAAGCCACCAGGGAGUUGGGAUUCGGGGCGGCCUGGGGGUGACUGCUCCUCUGCUGGGGUUCAGUUCCCAUUGCCCAGGACCCCCAGUUCUGCCUGUUCACUCUCUAGACCAACCCCUUGGGUGUCCCCAAGCUCAAGUGGGUGGCGGUUCAGUGGCCUACUGAUGGUCUUUUCUAAGGGUUUAACAGCUGAGGUGGGGUGCAUGGAGAGCUACCCCUGCUCUCCUCAUGGUGGUUCACUUUCUCGGCCCCCUAAUGCCUUCCUCCCUAUCCCCCAACCCCCAGUUUGGUGCCUCUUCUUAGGCCUGGGUCUACUGCAUCACAGAAGUGCACCAAUUGAGGCUGAUGGCCUGUCUUUGCAGCUUCCUCCCACCGCAGCUAUGCAUCUGCACAGUGGAGCACUUGGCAGUGAAAACGGUGAGGUACAUACACUGAGCCUGCAAAAGGGUCACAACAGCAACCCCAUUUCCAUGAAGAACAGCCACUGGAGCUGCCUGGGAGCAAAUGAACCAAGAGCCAUCGGGGGAAGUGGACAUGGCUGUGGGGUGUAACAUUUGUGAUAGCUAUCCAGCCACCCUAAAGUGGCAGCAUUUGCCUGUGUAUAAAUCAGACCUCAAUGAAACUGAUUCUCAAAAGUUUGCAGAAGUGAUGCCACAAUUCUGGUUUCUCCAACACUAUACUGCCAGAUACCCAGCUCAGUGAGGGGAGUACAUCCACAAGGUCACCCUGCCCUGGCAGCUAGUCUGCUCUAUUAGCUCACUGCAUCUGUUUACCCAGGGUGGGGGUCAAGCAGAGGCGUAACCCACUCCCCUACAGCUCCCAGCACCCCCACCCCAGGUUCAAAGGGGUCUCUAGCCCCAGGCCUUUCAUCAUUCCUUCCUCAUAAAAAUACCCAGGCCUGGCCCCAGGAACCUCAGCCCCUCACUGGGUGGAGCUAAGUAGGCCUUCCUUGCCUGGGACUCCACUUGCCCUGAAGUAGGAGACAAGGAAGGCCCAGUGCCAUAGGGGGCUGCCACAGGGAAACUGUGGGCUUCCGCUAGCUUGUCCAGGUGCACCCUGGAUGGGAGUGCUGACCUGGGCUCCCGGGUGGGUCUGCCUCAUUUGCCACUCCCUCUCAACUCCAAGCUGGAUUCUCAGUGGACAACGGGAUAAGGCGGGGGGCUUUGAGCAGGAGACGCACCCAUCCCUAGCCUGCCACCUCCAGCCCUGAGGAGCCCUUGACUUGCCCUGGAGGCCCUGCUGUGGGGCCAUGCCUUGCCAGAGCACAUGGUCAAGGGCAAGGGCGCCCUCAGCUUCCUGCUAGACGCCCAAACAAUGUGAACCUUGGCCCCUUCCCGGAAACCCUUCAAAGCCAGUGGGCAACUCCCAGCACCUCCCCCUGCAGGCAGAGGCCACCCUCCUCGCCUCCCCAAGCCAGCCUUUGGGCCUUGCUCUCCAACAGGUGUCUCAUGCAGGGGCCCCGGAACCCACCUCAA